CUUGAGGUGGUGGUGGUGCUUGUGUGAAGCUUUCGAGUGACUCGGUGUGUGUGUGAAUGAUUCUCGUUGGGGUUCGUAUUGUCUCAACGGGCUAAACGGGAAUACCGUAGGUGGUGUGUUUGGUUGAAUCCAUCGUGGAGUGAGUGGGUCGUCUUGGUCGUUCGUCUCCGUUUGAUAUCAACGAACCAUGAUUAUGAACAACAGCGGCAAUCCUCGGCAUGCGGUUGCCCGUAGCAACGCCCCUCGGAACAUCAAACUCCGGGACAUGGACGAAAAAGCCAUGCACAACUUGUUCCUCAAGAACAUGGCUGGACUCAUUGAAGAGACGAAGAACCCUUCUCCGUGUCUGAAUCCCAACUCUAAGCGCGGUGGGAUGGCAACUCAUGCUGGGGUGGCAUUGGAAUUGGGCAUCACUCGACCUUCAGGCACUGGCAAGAAAAUGAUGUCGCCUCAGAUGGAGGCCAUUCUCAUUUGGUGCCAAUGCCGUGUCAGACAGUAUCCCGACAUCAAAAUUGAGAACUUCACCUCGUGUUGGGCGGAUGGAAGGUCGUUUUGCGCCCUUAUUCACCAUUUCUUCCCCCAAGCUUUCGACUUCACCAGAGUGGACUCCUCCAACCCCAAAGCCAAUUAUGAAUUGGCCUUCAAGACUGGAGAACGCUAUGCGGGCAUUCCUGACUUCCUCACUGCCGAUGACAUGGACGCCAUGGUGAGAGACCGGAGGAUUGAUCCCAAGAUGGUGUUCUCUUAUGUCCAGGAGGUCUAUCGCAUGUGUAACGAAAUGUAAACCUGCCAUGUCAAGCCGUGCUUUGUUGGUUUGAACCAUUCAUUAAGAUUCCCUUGCUUUCUUCCUAUCUGUCCUUCUCUGAUGAUAACCAAAGCUUCCUAAGCAAGAGGACGCGAAAAAAAACAGCCUAUAAUGUUUAUACAUAUUCAAUCAGCUCAAUAUGAUAUUGUGUAAGAAACAACCGACUCAUGACCCUCGUUUUCACGUUCUUGUGAAUUCAAAGACGAUAAUACAGCCCACUUACUCCUGUC